AUGUCAGUCCGCGAGGUACGGAUCUGGAAGCGGACAGAUGGCAGGCAAACACCUGCUAUUCUCAUUGACAAAAAUUCAGCUGAGUAUUCCCUUCUGCUGCAGAAUGGCGGUGUUGCUACCCUUGACCCCGACUCAGCGGAAGUGGAGAGGAGGGGAUACACUAAGAUUAUGGACUCAUACGGUCUAAUGGGUAUCCUGCGGCUAGGCAGA